UCUGUCGAUGUGUUCACAGUGUGACACCCACCGGAAGUGAACAAAAAAAGCGGCGGAAGCUCAGUGAGCAGUGAGCAGUGAGCCGGAGGACGGUGUCGUGGUCGUUGUCGCAGGUGAAUAUUAAACCUGUUAACUGAAGCAGCGAUGUCUUCUGUUCAGAACCUGAGAGAGUUCAUCAGUCAGAGACUCACUGCAGCUGCCGAGGAAAUACUCGGAGUCUUUGUCCAAACCAUCGAGGAGGAGGUCGCUCGACAGAGCAAACUGCUGGACCUCGUCUGGAAACCGGAAGUAAAGCUGCACAGAAUAGAGCUCCCACAGCAUCGUGUCUGUGAGGAGGAGGAGGUUCUCACUGACCAGGAGAGGAACUCCAGUCUGGACCAAGAGGAGCCAGAGCCGCUACAGAUUAAAGAGGAACAGGAGGAAACCUGCACCAGUCAGGAUGGAGAGCAGCUUGUACUGAAGCAGGAGACUGACGCCUUCAUGUUGACCCCUGACUGUGAGGACGGAGACCACAGAGAACCAGAACCAGACGUUGACCACCAGCUGCUCUCUCACAACUCUCCUGUAGCUGAGAGCCAAGAUCAGGAAGGAAGAGAACAUGAGGCCUCAGGAUCAACUAGAAAUGCAGAUGCAAACCCACAGAAAAGUCUUUAUGAAAACAGGUUUCAUAGUAACAAUUUGUACAACUCCCCCACAUCUAAUAUUGUCUCUUAUACUCACACAGAGGAAAAAUCUUUGAAAUGUGACAUUUGUGGAAAAGUGUUUCAGUUUCAGUCCAAAUUAAAAAGGCAUAUGAAGACUCAUACAGGCGAGAAGCCAUAUGUGUGUAAAACGUGUGGGAAAAGUUUUGCAGAAAGAAACGCCCUGAAAACCCACGUAAGAACUCACACAGGUGAGAAGCCAUAUUCUUGCCAAAUGUGUGGGAAAAGUUUUGUACAAAGUAGCUACUUGAAAGUCCACAUCAGAACUCACACAGGUGAGAAGCCACAUUCUUGCCAAGCUUGUGGGAAAGGUUUUGUGUGUAGUGGUGAUUUAAAAGCCCACAUAAGAACUCACACAGGUGAAAAGCCAUAUUCUUGCCAAAUGUGCGGGAAAAGAUACUCUAAUUCUUCUGACAGGAAAAAGCACGAAAGAGUUCAUACAGGUUAAAAGUUGAAUUUACAUAACACAGGGGAGAACUUUCAGAUUGAGGGAUUAAUUGACAACCAACAUGAGAAGAGACCACUCUGGUCGUAAAUUAUUUUAUUGUCUUCGGAGAUAUCACUGAGGAGUAGGCCGGAUAUAUCAGCUGGAUAUAGCUUCCACUUUUGUGAACAAAGUUCUUCCAAACAGUGCCGCGUCUCUGUAAUCAGCGGUUUAGUAUUUUCUUACAUCUAUCGAGUGUUUUAUGGAUGUUAUUUUUCUCACUGGUGUGUGCAUUCUUGGUGAUCCAAACAACUAUGUAUAAAGUUUCAGUUAUUUACAGGUAUAUUAUAUAACAGAUUAUGAACAGUUGCGAGUACUCAUAAGUUCACAUUUGUCACUGUUUAAACACAAGCCUGACGCUUCAGAAAAUAGUUGUAUUGUUUGUAAAGCCAGAGGAAUUUGGUCUUUGUUUUUUCUAGAAAGAGCGUUGUAUCCAGCCCUUUAGUAUUUUAGCUUAGUAUCGUCCGCUAACUGACUUAUCAUUGAAUGUUGACCAUUUAUAUUAAAACCUUCUGUCAGAGUGAGUUAUGAGAAAAAAGCAGUUAAUUACAAAUAAACACUUGGAAGUUG